AUGAACCCUGCGACCUGCGCCUCGCCCCGGUUGAACCAUCUUGAACCUAAGAAGAAGAUCGCCGCCUUGGUUGCCUCUGCCAACCGUCCGUCGCGCUCCGUCCAGGCGUCCGUCUCCGACGUCACUGUUGCUGCUCCCCCCACACCCCAGACUACCACGACGAGCACCGCCGGUAUGGAUACGGACGAGGAAUACAUGUCGACCAUGUCGUCUGACGAUGAAGUUCUAUGCGACGUUGACGAUUCUGAAGACGAGGAUUUCGGCGAUGAUUUUGAUGACGAUGCCCCCGACCCCGACUUCGGCCUCUCGGCAAAGGACCUGGACAAGAAGAAGAAGGCCUACGAAACUCCCUUUAAAGUUUUCGAGCCCCUCGAUAUCCAGCGCCAACAAUCGGAUAUGAUAGAUGAAGUGAACAUGAUCCUUGAUAUUCGAAAGGAAGAUGCCGCCAUCCUUCUUAGACAUUUUAGGUGGCAGAAAGAGCGUCUUCUUGAAGACUACAUGGAUAAGCCGAAGAAAGUGCUCGAAGCUGUGGGUCUUGGAAAGACUUCUGCCAGCCUGCCGAAGCUCGAGAUCGUUCCCGGCUUUAUGUGCGAUAUCUGUUGCGAGGACGGAGACGACUUGGAGACGUUUGCCAUGAAGUGUGGUCAUCGGUUCUGCGUCGAUUGUUACAGGCGGUAUCUAACGCAAAAGAUAAGAGAAGAAGGCGAAGCUGCCAGGAUCCAGUGCCCGGCCGACGGAUGCCAUCGCAUCCUCGACUCCCGGUCGCUCGAUAUUCUUGUAACACCCGAACUGCAGGGCCGAUACAGAGAACUCCUCAACCGCACAUACGUCGAGGACAGCGACGUCCUGAAAUGGUGCCCAGCACCCGACUGCGAGAACGCGAUCGAGUGUCCUGUGAAGAAGAAGGAUCUUGUCAGGGUCGUGCCGACGGUAACUUGCCGCUGCGGUCAUUGCUUCUGCUUCGGAUGCGGUCUUAACGAUCAUCAACCUGCCCCAUGUGAGCUCGUCAAGAAGUGGCUGAAAAAGUGUGCCGACGACUCGGAGACGGCCAACUGGAUUUCAGCCAACACCAAGGAGUGCCCUAAAUGCAACUCCACCAUUGAAAAGAAUGGUGGUUGCAACCACAUGACUUGCCGGAAGUGCAGGUACGAGUUCUGCUGGAUGUGCAUGGGUCUCUGGUCCGAGCAUGGCACCAGCUGGUACAAUUGCAAUCGUUUCGAGGAAAAGAGUGGUGCGGAGGCUCGAGAUGCCCAGGCCAGAAGCCGAAUCUCCCUCGAGAGGUACUUGCAUUACUACAAUCGAUACGCGAACCACGAGCAGUCCGCGAGGUUGGACAAGGACAUUUACCAGAAGACGGAGAAGAAGAUGGUACAGCUCCAAACUGCUUCCGGAAUGUCAUGGAUCGAGGUGCAAUACCUCAACUCCGCAUCGCAGGCCCUACAGACCUGCCGCCAGACCCUGAAGUGGACAUAUGCUUUCGCGUUUUACCUCCAGCGCAACAACUUGACUGAGAUCUUCGAGGACAAUCAGAAGGAUCUGGAGAUGGCCGUGGAGGCCCUCUCAGAGAUGUUUGAGAAGCCCAUUGCUGAGCUUGCCGAUAACAAGCUCAAGGUUGAGAUCAUGGACAAGACUGCCUAUUGUAACAAACGACGACUGGUCCUCUUGGAGGAUACUGCGGUCAACCUCGCUCAAGGUAUAUUCAAGGCCCAAAAUUAA